AUGGAACACAAACGACUCGACUCCCGAUCAUCGGCCGAAAUAGUCGCCGAUAAUUACGAUAUACUGGCGGAUACAAUCCUCCUUCGUAUCCCCGCAAAACCCCUCAUUCAACUCCAACUAGUCAACAAACACUGGCAAUCAAUUAUAUUUGACCGAACGUUCAUUAAACUCCAUGCUCGCUGUCACCCCAAACCAGAAACAUCCUUCAUCAUCCGCCCAAAUUCUCGGGACUACUUCUACUUCUCCCUGGCCGACGGGACUAUAUUCCCAUUUGACUUAGACUCCCUCUACGGGAAAAUCCUGCAGUCGUGCAACGGUCUUCUGCUGCUCGAAUCGCGAAACUCGAAAUACGGGCGCAAAACCUAUCUCGUCCACAACCCGACCACAAACCGGCGUCGAACGUUGGAAAACGAGCGCGGGCGCCACCCGUCCGUCCCAGGAGUUUCCCUAGCGUUCGACCCUUCAAAAUCGCUUCACUACAAGCUCGUGUUCGUUUACAGCUCGAAUUACUCGGUCAACGUGUACGACUCGGAGAGCGACACGUGGACGAGCCUCGACAACCCGUUCCCUAGCUACGCGAACACCCAUUUCAACCACGGAAUCUACCGGAACAACCGGAUUUACUGGUUCCGACCCUCGUCGACUUCCUACUACUUCGAUUUGGAAACCAGGACGGCCGGGGUCGCGCCGGAGAUCGAGAUUCCCAAGAGAAAACGAGAGGAGCUCAAUAGAAACUAUAUAAUCGAGUCGGGUGGGCGCGUGCAUUGCGUCUCGACUUACACGAGGCCUUGGUCCAGGUCAUUCUUGGUGUUUGAGCUGGCAGAGGAUGACUCGGGGUGGGUUGAGGUGUACCGUGCUGAUGUGGACAGAAUCUUACGCUACAUGGCGGACGAGGAUUGCGAUUUUAGCGUGCUGGGUUUCAUUAGGGGGGAGACGAUUGAGGAGUCAUCGGUUUUUUUUCAUGUGCCGACGAAAAUUCUUCGUUUCGGGUUGGGCAAACGGAGGUUUGAGGUCGUGCUCGACUUGGACGAUUACUUUGAAUGCGGCGAGUGGAAUUUUCAGUGUUUUCGACACGAGACGUUUCAGUUUGUGGAGAGUUUGGCUCCGGUUUGA